AUGAUAGUGGAUAUGAAUGAAGAAGAUGAGAAGAUGAUAAGAAUUGAGGAAGAAAAAGAAUUGUAUGAUCUCGAUGAUGAUUAUCAUGAAGAGGACAAGGGUGAAAGAGAUGAUGACAUUGAAACUGUGGAUGAUACUGAGGAUGAAGAUGUUAUUGACGGCGAUGAAGAUGAUGUUGAUGCCGAAGAAGAGGAUGAGGGUGAAAGAGAUGAUGACAUUGAAACCGAGGACGAUACUGAUGAUGAAGAUGGUAUUGACGGCGAUGAAGAUGAUGUUGAUGCCGAAGAAGGUCAUCAUGAUUAUGAUGAUGAUGGCGAUAAAGACGAUGAGCAUUUUCCAGAUGAAGUCUGGGAUUGA